GACUGAAGGCAGACAAAGGCGAGGAGAGAGACGGCGUGCUUCUUCCAUCCUGCUGCAGAGACUCACUCCCCCCCCCGUCCACACUCACACUCACGCGCACACACCCUUCACUCCUCAGCCGGCAGCAGCAGAGACGCAGACUCGUCAGAGCUGGUCACCACCACCACCACACAUUCACCACAACCAUCACAACUUUCAGUCAUCAUGGAGCUAGACUUUGGACAUUUUGACGAGCGAGACAAGGCCUCCCGCACCCCGCGGGGCGGGCGCUUGAAUGGACUCCCCAGCCCGACCCACAGCGCCCACUGCAGCUUUUACCGCACACGCACCCUGCAGACCCUCAGCAAUGAGAAGAAAGCCAAAAAAGUGCGCUUCUACCGCAACGGAGACCGCUACUUCAAGGGCAUCGUGUACGCCGUGGCGGGCGACCGGUUUCGCACCUUUGACGCCCUCCUGGCUGACCUCACCCGCUCGCUUUCCGACCACAUCAACUUGCCACAGGGCGUCCGCUUCAUCUUCACUAUUGAUGGCACACAGAAGAUCGAAUCCAUGGAUGAGCUAGAGGAAGGCGAAAGCUACGUUUGUGCAUCAGAGAACUUGUACAAGAAGGUCGACUACACAAAGAACGUCAACCCCAACUGGUCUGUGAAUGUAAAGGCCUCCGCGAGCCAGAAGAACAUGCAGUCCUUAGCCGCCAAGGCCGCUUGCGAGCCCAGGGAGACCAAGGACUUUGUUCGCCCCAAGCUUGUGACGGUGAUGCGCAGUGGCGUGAAGCCGCGCAAGGCUGUGCGCAUUCUGCUCAACAAGAAAACGGCACACUCCUUCGAGCAGGUCCUCACCGACAUCACAGAGGCCAUCAAACUUGAAAGUGGGAUCGUGAAGAGGAUCUACACGCUGGAUGGCAAGCAGGUGACCUGCCUUCAAGAUUUCUUCGGCGAUGACGAUGUCUUCAUUGCAUGUGGACCAGAGAAAUUCCGCUAUGCCCAGGACGACUUCUCUCUGGAUCAGAACGGUCGGGAGUGCAGGGUGAUGAAGACGCCCAAGGGUCAGCGCGGUUCAGUGAAGAGUCCUGCUCCAAUCAGGCGCACCAAGUCUCCUGCUGAAUCAACCAACGGGACGGGCUCCAGCAGCCAGCUGUCCACCCCGAUUUCAAAGCAUUCCCCCACCUCCACCCCCACCAGUCCAGCCCUCAACAACAAGCAGAAGGAUCUCUACUUGCCCUUAUCUCUGGAUGACGAUGAUUCCCAGGGCGAAUCCAUGUAAACUCUCCCCCUGCAGCCCGCCUCCUGUUUUGGCCUGAAACACAGAAGUUUUUAUACGUCUGCUGCUUUCCACCGUCACUCACAGUGCCACCUGUUGUCUCGGAGAACCGCGUCUUUGUCUCUUUUUUAAGGCCUUAGCCACCGGGGCUACGUCACAAUUUGCUGCUUGAGGGUCACACAAACAAUUCAACUUUUUUUUUGUAAUUAAUGAUUCACUUUUUGACCACAUUGUAACAAUCAGCUCACUAAUGUUCCGACACGUUUCUUAUCUGGAGGUUUCACUAUUUCUCAAACAGCUCUCUCACCCACAGAUUUCACGGGGUAACGUUUUUCACUUUGGUUUCAGACGUUUCAUUGAAGGAUGCACAGACUUUAAGUUUUAAGUCACAUAAUCUCAAGCAGCAAAUUGAUAUUUUUAGGGGUGUGAAGUCAAAGCUGACUAUUGAUUCACUUGUAUUUGGGACGUUUCUCAAUGUCCUCUUGCCCGAUGCGCUUAAUAGUGUGAAAGGUAACGGUUCCGUGUGAGAGGAAGCCGUCUGCGAAGCCAGAGAGAGUCUGUAAAUGUGUAUAUAGCUACAUCCAUCAUAAUGUCUCCGUCCAUUGCUGUGCUUCCAUAACGUCUCUACAGUGUCCGUCUUAACAUUAGCUCAACACAAUAACAGGGUAUGGUAAAAGAAGCAACCAAAAUCAAGUCGCUCCGCAGAGGGUGAGGAUGUGUGGGAUGCAGCUCCUGACUGAAGAGGAUUACUGGGCAGGAGCCCACGCCUCCUCGAUGGGGAUUCGUGUUCCCGACAGAAUUUACACCAGAAAUUAUAAAACCAUAAUCUUGAACAGGCCAUUUAAACCACCGUAGACACACGGAGGUCUGAAAAUCCCCAUUCUGGCUCAAAUUGGCGUUCGUCUUUGUCCAAUCAGAGACGAGGCUAGGAAAAGGCAUCUCACGUCGCCCUCGCAGGAAUUCUUUAUGUUGGUGUUUCCUCUAUUUUGACCCUCUGUAGGCUAUUCAAGCUAUAUAUACCCUCUGUGUUUUAGAUUUUCACAAACUGCAGUGCAUGAUAUCGGUGAAUUAUCAUGAAAGUAAGGACCUAAAACAACCAAAGGAAGAACAGGCCCUUUUUAUAAAGUCAUUUUAUUCACCGAAGUCUAAAUAAUUCCCUUGUGGACCAGUUCACCACCAAUAUGAAGAUGUUUUAUCGAACAGUGUGUGAAAUUCAAGAUAAAUAUUCAUCUCAAAAGCCAAAGCAUGAUUUUUAGACAUGGAAUUGUAGAAAGGGGGGAUAUGAUGUAAGUUUUUUAAUAUUCUGGAGGAAGCACACCUGGAGAUUUAUGCAUGUUGCUUUUUAAUACAUAAAAAAUCACAUCAAGAUUAAAUCAUGCUCAUCUGAGGCGCUUAGUGUUGUCAGGGCACUCAAUGUUAGUGGGGUUUCAUCCAAUGUGCAUGGCUCAGUGGGUUUCAAAUUUAACAGCUAUUCAUUUAUUUCAAGGGUACUAGUUCGGGAAUUUUUUAUUUCUAGGUUUAAGUUGCUCACAUGAGCUCUAAACUCUUUAUUCAAGCCUCUGUGUGCAACUCUCUUUAGUCUUUAGAUUAUUCUUUUUUUUCUCUAGUUGCAUCGUGUGUCUUACGAAUCUACUGAAGAGUAUUCUCGGACUUUGCAGGAGAUCAAACCUGAGAAUCUCUAAAUUGGAAAAACAAAACACUGAAGCACAAAGCAGGGAGCUACUUAUUCAUCACAGACACUUUACUGUCUACUUGCCAGCAUUGCAAUGCGCCACCACAAUUAAUUUCUCAGUGUGUUGAUUAAAAAGUGCUGCACAUGUAGCAUCCUUUAAAUUAACAUCUAUGCAUUAAGAUUAAAGAAUAGUUGAGGAUGACUUUUUUUUUUAAUAUAUAUACCUUAAUAGAAUGAGAAAUUAGCUGAAAUUUAAAUUUCCAUGCAGUUAAUCCAUUGUGAAUGUGUGUGUCUUAGGAGUGAUGUGGUGUCUACCCUCUGGAUAAUCUUAGCUGUUUUGUUAUUAUCACCCACUUAAUACUCAAGACAAAUUCUAACAAAAAAAUAUCUGGUGUUGUGAGCUUCACCUUUCUCCUGCAGGGGGCACUGUCACACCAGCACAAACAGUUAAUAACAUCAGCCAAUCCAACAGCAGGGACACCUCACUUCACCCACCAUUUUGUACAAAAGCCCCAUUUGUCGUCAUUUUUCUCAAGCUCUCCGUUCUGUGUAACCUUCCAUGCUAAUAACAAUAAUAAUGGUCUUUUUCUACAGCUUGUUACAGCGUAUUAAACAGAAACAGAAAAUGUUGGUUGUCUUGUGUAAACCGGCCGCCACCAUGUAAGAUGGAUGGUGUGAGUUCAUCCCCUACAGUGGUGCCUUUUUGUUUUUUAAAGAUUGCUGUCUUUUGAUAAUAAUAAAUGAAACGAGACAUCGAAGGCUUGUUCUUUGUCAACAGCUGUUUGUUAAACAUUUUGAAAUGUCUUGAAUGAGGAAGUCUCCCAGACGAUUCACGGGACACUUUUAUCUCGGUAUGAAUACGCUCCCUGUGCUCUUUCAUGUUUGCCUUCCUGAUCGACUGAAUGACUUCUUUUCUUGGAAACUUACAAUGUCCUUUUUUUAAGUGGUAUUUUGCAACGUCACAGUGGCUUGUUUCAGUGCUUCAUUCAAUGUUUUAACCGGUAUCCUUUUGCAAAAUUAAAACAGUUGUAUUUCA